AGAAGAAGGUUGAUAACGGAAACACUUCACUGUCAGAUCGUCAGGAUGAGCCUUUCAUCAGUGUUCGUGUUCAUUCUUCCUUUUAUCUGUGAGGGGUUGGGAGCGCUGAUCCAAACCACUGUGGGGGCAGAUGUCGAGUUUCCGCUCUCAGAGGAGUGCAGGAAGGGAGAAGGCACACUGUAUCAGCGGCUGGAUGAUGCCAGCACUCAGCUCAUCGCAUCUCUAAACGGUUCCUGGAAGCCAGAGCGAGAUUACACUGACCGUGUGGUCGUAGGACGCGAUUCGUUAAUCUUAACAAAUGCUAACUUCAAUGACAACGGACAUUAUGAGUUUACCUGCAACAGGAAACACUUGGAAGCUUACAAGCUGGAGGUAUUUGUGCCCUCUGAAGUUGCUGUAUCCGAGGGUGGGGAUGCCAUCCUCCCGUGUCGCUCCGUCACAGCGGGCCAGUCGGUGAAGUCUGCGCGCUGGAGGAGAAACGGGGAAGUACUGCUCGAGCUGAAUGGUCGGACAGGGGAAAUCACAUACGGGAAUGACUUUAACAGAAGCCGGGUAUCGAUACCAUUUGACUGGGACCGACGGGCAGACCUGUCCCUCACCAUAAAGAGAGCUCAGCAACAAGACGGAGGAGUUUAUUACUGUGAUAUAGAGAAGGCCGAGAAACACCGCUCUGCUGUCCGCCUGCGAGUGCGCAAACCACCGGAGUCCUCCCACUGGAUAUGGAUCACAAUCAUCAUAACAGCAGCUGUGACAUCUGUGAUUGUUUUUACUCUCAAGUUCUUUUGGGGCUGGAGAGAGAAGACCAAGGAUGUCGAGUUUCCGCUCGCAGAGGAGUGCAGGAAGGGAGAAGGCACACUGUAUCAGCGGCUGGAUGAUGCCAGCACUCAGCUCAUCGCAUCUCUAAACGGUUACUGGAAGCCAGGGCGAGAUUACACUGACCGUGUGGUCGUAGGACGCGAUUCUUUAAUCUUAACAAAUGUUAACUUCAAUGACAACGGACAUUAUGAGUUUACCUGCAACAGGAAACACUUGGAAGCUUACAAGCUGGAGGUAUUUGUGCCCUCUGAAGUUGCUGUAUCCGAGGGCGGGGAUGCCAUCCUCCCGUGUCGCUCCGUCACAGUGGGCCAGUCGGUGAAGUCUGCGCGCUGGAGGAGAAACGGGGAAGUACUGCUCGAACUGAAUGGUCGGACAGGAGAAAUCACAUACGGGAAUGACUGGUAUCGAUACCAUCUGACUGGGACCGACGGGCAGACCUGUCCCUCACCAUAA